AUGAGGUUACACAUUUUAGUUUUCGUUCAGACUGCUGUUCGUUUCGUUCAUCUCCAAAUUACUUAUGUUCUCUCUCGUGACUGCCGUGUCUUACCUAACCAAGAUUUCUUCUUACAGCAUCCCGUUACAAAGUUCCUGCAAGUUGACAAUCUUGAAGGCAGUAUGGUUGUAUUAUCUCAUAACACGACUUCUUAUCCACGCAACUUCUCGUGUGAGCUUGUUGUGCAUUCACCGAUUGAGAAUGCCAGAAUUAUGAUGAAAAUUGAGGAAUUUUAUGUCCCCUCUAAGACUCGCAAUUGUGUUGAGAAUUACUUAUAUGUAUUCGAUUCUAAUACAGCAAAGUCCAAGGCUAUGACAGAAGCUGGUGGAGAACGUGGUUCAUGUGGACCGAAUUAUCCGAAGUAUCUUAUAUUUACGACAAAGUCCUACAUAUGUUUAGCUUUCCAUACCUCAUCUCAACGACCUCCCAUUUUACCCGGUGUGAAACCUGGAUUUCGAGUUAUUCUUACUGCAAUUCAAGAAACUCGAAAUAGUAGUUGUCCAUCAAGCAACUUUUACUGCAGUGCAGUUCCUCGUUCCAUGGGGGCAAAUUCUAUGAUAACAUCAACUUCACUUAGUGCAGAUAGCCGGUUGUAUGGAUCAUUCUUAUCUCCUCCUCAAUAUAUCCGUAGUUUAGAUGACGACAGAUUUCCACCUAAUCAUGAUAAACAAUAUAUGGGAUAUUGUAUUACAAAGAAGAGUUUAUGCGAUGGUAUUAUGAACUGUGAAGAUAGGAAAGAUGAAGAUAUUUCUCAUUGUCAAGCUUUUAUUGAUAUGGAAGAUCCAAACAGUCCACUACUUGCUAAUGAUGAUUUGAUUGAUGUUAAUAGCUGGUUAUCAGGUUUAUUGUCACUUGGUAUGCCGGCGUCUAUUGCUAUAGCUGUCAGUACAAUUGUUAUUCUUAUAUUGGGCAUUGGAGUUGUGAUAUCUUAUUGUCAUCGUUGUUGUCUAAUCAAUCAAACAUAUAAUAAUCAGUAUUCAAAUAAUAGACCUGCGUUUAGAAAUGGUGGAAUUUUUUUAGAUACUUUCAGUCGUCCUAUAACUGCAGCAAAUAAUAAUUAUAGUUAUUCUAGAUCACAGCAUCUAGGUGUAAUGUCCGUCAAUGCUGGUGCACAGUCACAGUUAUCAGAUCGUAUAGAUUUGAUAUCUCAUAUAGACGGUGAUCAACAGAAGAUUAAUAGGAAUUGGCAGCAGAGUGCUUCCUUUCCUUCAGACAUAUUGAUGACAAGGGGGGGGGAAGCUUUUCACGACGUAACUCUACCACUGUUAGAUAGGUAUUAUCCUUUGUUAAAUCCUCCCAAUGAAACUAUGCGAUCCCAGUAUUUUGUUUCUGUCAGUCAUCAUGGUAGUGACUCCUAUUCAUUAACUAAUAACAAUUCGGCCAGAGUAUAUGAUCUUCAAAAUGGUCAACCAGGACCUCUUCCUGCUCUAAUUCACGGGGCCCUAGGCAGUCCAUGCACUUACAGAAGAGAUCCAUUGUAUUAUACACCACCACCCCAUGGGGCAUUUAAUGUUCCCCCUGCCAGCAUCGUAACAGCAAGUAGCAGUCGAACUGGAACAACUAGCGGUGGUUUACGUGAAUCUGUAAAGUCAGGACGUGAUCAAUCAGUUCCUACAAUGGGUUAUAACACUUCAGGGAAUGGAAGUGGUAUCGGAAUAUGUAAUCAACAGUUAGAUGGAGUAGAAUCAGUAUUACAUACUAAUACGCCUAUAGAAUCUAUAUCACAUGGCGGUGACCUUAGCUUGAAUGGCGGUAUCCUUUAUUCGGGUAACAUGUACAGACCUUUAUCUCCACAAAAUUCCAGUUUAUUUCAAGUAGAGAAUCUUGGUCAUAGUUCAGUUACUACUACCGGUAGCGGUAGUUCAUGUGAUCGAAAAUCUCAUCACUAUUUUCUUAGAGAAAUAAAGUCUCAUCAUGACGACACUGAAGCAUAUCUACAGAGAAAUCCUCAUCAACAGUCUACUUAUGAUUUAUUUAAGAAAAGUUCUAGACGUUCAAAAACAUCCUCUCGUCUUCAACAUCACCAUCAUCUAAAACAUAAGUCAAUUGAUCCUAAUCAUACUAUUUCGAUUGGUUCACAUACAUCAGCUAGUUCACGUUCUGGUGCUUUGCUUAAUUUACCCCAAUUAACUUAUGAUGCUCACGAACAACCUUUUAGUCGAUUUCUAAUAUCUGCUGUAACAACUAUUUCUAGUGAUACUGGACCAUCAAACCACCAACCUAUAGUAUUCCCUGUACAGUUGUAA